AUGGCUUUAUCAGUCGGGUAUUGUGGUGAUAAAUACUAUGGAUCACAAUAUAAUGAACAUCAUGAGAUUGAUGGAACAUGUAUAAUGAGACCCACUAUAGAGGGAGAAAUCUUUCGAGCACUGGUUAAAAGUGAGUUGUUAUCUGAUAUUAAUUCGAAUGAUUUCAGGAAAAAUGGGUUUCAAAGAACCACCAGGACAGAUAAGGGAGUCCAUGCAUUGGCAAAUAUUAUAUCUAUGAAAUUGAUGAUACCUAAGAAUAUGGAUAAGACUACUAAGUUGUAUAUUAUUAAUAAGAUUAACGAUAAUUUACCAGAAGAUAUUAGAGUAUGGAAUAUACAGAGAGUAAAUAAGAGUUUUAAUGCUAGAAAGGCUUGUGGUUGGAGGGAAUAUGAGUAUAUGAUACCAACAUAUAUGUUGAUGUUUAGUAGAAAAUAUUUGAAAGAUUUAUUGGAAUUGUAUUUGAAUAAAACAUUUUCAAAUGAGAUGGAACAUAAUUUGGUGAAGUUGUAUCCAACUUUAGGUAUAAGACGUGAUAAAUUGGAGCCGAAGGAAAUAAAGGAUGUGAAUGUAUCCAGAUUAAAUGAUUCUAUUAAAAUAUAUUUAACAGCAGUACAAAAAGAGCUAAUUAAGCAUAGAUUAUCGGAGGAUAAGUACAAUCAAUUUAAGGAGAUUUUAAAGAGGUUUCAAGGUACACACAGUUUUCAUAAUUAUACUUCAAGCAAGAAAAGAGAUGUGAAACCAAAUUCUAUGCGAAGACAAAUCGUUGAUAUUAGUGUCAGCAAACCAUACAAUAUCGACUUUGAUGGAUACCACGGAGAAUGGAUUUCCAUUAUUUUAAAGGGACAAUCGUUUUUGUUGCACCAGAUAAGAAAAAUGGUUUCUAUGGGUGUCAUGACUUUGGUUAAUGAUCUUUCUUCGAACUAUAUUAACUCUACAUUUGAUAGUACGCAAAUAUAUAUUCCAAAGGCACCUAGCCUUGGGCUGAUUCUAAGGGAGACAAAUUUUAAUUCGUACAACAAGAAAUUAAAGGGGAUAGGUUAUGAACCCAUUAUAACAGAUCCAGAGAGGGGUAUAAUUAGUGAUGGUGAGAAUGAAAUUCUCAAGUUUAAAGAGAAGAGCAUUAUGAAUACUGUUAUCGAAAAUGAAUUUCAUAGAAAAGAAUUUAUUAAAUAUUUGCAUUAUAUUAUAUAUUCUCCGUACACCCUCGUGGCACGACAUGACAUAGUAUGA